CCUUGUGGUUUCCCUCCUUUCCCUAGGAGAAUGUUUCCCUUCCUGAGCUUCAACAUCACCGGCCUCAACCCCACGGCCCACUACAACGUCUUCGUGGAGGUGGUGCUGGCGGACCCCAACCACUGGCGUUUCCAGGGGGGCAAGUGGGUGACCUGCGGCAAGGCCGACAACAACAUGCAAGGCAACAAGGUCUACGUCCAUCCUGAGUCGCCAAACACCGGGGCUCACUGGAUGAGGCAGGAGAUUUCUUUCGGGAAGCUGAAGCUCACGAACAAUAAAGGCGCUAACAACAACAACGCGCAGAUGAUAGUACUUCAGUCCCUACACAAGUACCAACCCCGACUUCACAUUGUGGAAGUGACUGAAGAUGGUGUUGAAGAUCUGAAUGAUUCCUCAAAGACUCAAACGUUUAUUUUCCCUGAAACGCAGUUCAUAGCAGUUACAGCAUAUCAAAACACUGAUAUUACACAACUCAAAAUUGACCAUAAUCCUUUUGCAAAAGGCUUCAGAGACAAUUAUGACUCCAUGUACACAGCUUCCGAAAAUGACAGAUUAACUCCAUCUCCCACGGAUUCUCCUAGAUCCCACCAGAUCGUCCCUGGCGCCCGAUACAGUAUGCAGCCAUUCUUCCAAGAACAGUUUGUCAACAACCUGCCCCCAGCCCGCUUUUACAACGGUGAGAGAGCUGUCCCUCAGACAAAUGGCCUGCUGUCCCCACAGCCGAACGAGGAGGUGGCCAGCUCUCCUCAGCGGUGGUUUGUGACGCCCGUGCAGCAGCCCAGUGCCAACAAACUGGACAUGAACUCCUAUGAGACGGAGUAUUCUCAUAGCACCUUGCUUCCUUAUGGCAUUAAAUCCCUCCCCCUUCAGACAUCCCACGCUCUGGGAUACUACCCUGACCCGACAUUUCCAUCCGUGGCAGGCUGGGGGAGCAGGGGCUCUUACCAGCGAAAAAUGACAACAGGACUAACUUGGACCUCAAGAACGAGUCCUCCGGGAUUCACUGAAGACCAGCUUUCCAAGGACAAGGUGAAAGAAGAAAUUGGCUCGUCCUGGAUAGAGACUCCACCUUCUAUAAAGUCUCUAGAUUCAAAUGAUUCUGGGGUCUACACAGGUGCUUGUAAGAGAAGACGCCUUUCCCCUAGCACUUCCAGCAAUGAAAAUUCCCCGACAAUGAAAUGUGAGGACAUUAAUGCUGAGGACUAUAGCAAAGACACUUCAAAAGGCAUGGGCUACUAUGCAUUCUAUACUAGUUCUUAAAGCAUCUUUUUUUAUUCCAAUUGGCUGAUUUUUUAAUUAUUUUUUUUUCAGGGUGGCCUUGGGUUUUUUUGCAUUACAAUUGCCAAAAAGACUCUUUGCCUUCCACCUUGAGUUGUUGUGUGCAAUUCUAAAGAAGGUGCCAAAGCUUUUUGACUGUUGCAGGUAACAAAGUAGGGAAAUAGCAAACCACGGGAGAAUUCUUCCCCUUGUUUAGGAGGAGCCAUAUGCAGAAGCUGUAAGAACUCUAGUGUCUAAAUAUGUGGUGUAUUUAUUUGAGACACUAAAGUGUACAAUUUGGGUUGGCUCAGAGGCCUGAUCAAAUCUAUGCACUCCUGAGCAAGGAAAAGAGGGGGUGGGAUCCCAAAUUUAAUUUUCUUCCCUUCUUGAUAAAAGGGGAACUGGUUUGCCAGGGAACUGCACAAAUGCUAUGUUCUGCUUUAAACUGAGAUGUUUUUUUCAACCCAUCCACUCAGCUACAGCUUUUUUUUUUGGCAGAAAGUGCCAAAAUAAGGCCUGCUUGCCAGGCAGGAUUUUGACUUGAAGGUCUUGUUGCCAACAACAGGAUUACAAUGACCAAAUCUGACUUUUCUUAGCUUAGAACUUGCAUUAAAAAAACCCUGCCUCCAUUCCAAAAGCCUAACCUUUAUUGAGGUGGCGAAAAACAAAGUGUACAGUUGUGUUUUGUCUAGGUACACUGUAGAAUAUUGUGGAAUAAUGUAUAAAUAGUUGACCUAUAGCUGUUCAGUUGGAAGGACAUCCGGUGGUGUUUUGAAGUUCAAAAGGCUUUUUCAUUUUUCUUAAAAUUUUUUUUUUUGGUUAAUCAAACUUAACAUAUGAAGCAUUGCAAAAGAAGAUUUCUAUUUAUGUGUAUGUAAAGUGACUUUUUCAGCUGCCCUGUAUAAAAUUGGAAGUGAUGUAACUUUACCCAUCCUUGCCUAUACUUUCAGCCAUUUUAAACUGAUCAGCCCCAGAGCAACUCGCCCACAAACUUUUUCCUCCUCCAAGAAACUUGUUUUAGUUUUUUUUCUAUGUACAUAGUAAUAAUUUUUAAUAAAUGUGAU